CAGUUCUAUCUAAACAAGACUCUUUGAAGGAUCAAUAGACAAAUUAUUAAAUCAUACAAAUAAUGGAUGCCUUAUAUGAUAAUCUUUUCCUUAUAAUCCCAAAUCCAAAAUUUUACUGAUGUAUAAAUAAACUAACAGAAUCACAACUUCCCAUGAUAAUUAUUUUUUUUUAAUUUCAUUAUACAAACAACUCAUUAAUCAUGAAACUUAUAGUUUUUAUUAUUGUAUUAUUUCUUAUGUUCUUCAAAACUUUUGCUUUUGUAUCUUAUGGCCAAUGUAUCGAUCAUGGAAGUUGGUUAAAAGAUUUUGAAUUCCCUCAAGAAGGUGUGGCCGAAAUAAAAUUAAUGCAACCAUAUGCUAUACUAGAUGAUCCUAAUCUUAACCCAUGUUGUUUGCAACAGGGCGUAAUGAUUAUUGAAAAAUAUGAGAUUCAUAAAGAUGAUGGCUCAACAGAUCCAACUUUUGCUUUUACGGAUGGUCGUACAUGGGUAAAUGGGUACAAUGGGGAUAAUAUCUUACAAAAUGAUGAUUGUGAUAGGGGUGGCUUUAAAUGUGAUCAACUUUAUGAAGGUGAUUUUGAAUAUACGCGACGUGACAAUUUUGAUGGCUCAAAAUUAACUCUGGGAGAGAAUCUUAUAGUGAAAAUUAUUACAUAUGCUCAUUGUUUUUAUGGCACUGAAACAAAUUGCUAUGGUUCUUGCAAGAUUUCAUUCCAAUCGAGAUAUUCGGUAAAAGACAAUAAUUUAACUUUAUCAAAUUAG